CAAACCGAACCUCCCUGCCCCUCCCAUGCAGAGCUGCUGGAGGAGACCAGCAGGCCCUGCUGCAAACUAACCUGGGGAGGUGGCAGCCUCUGGCCCAAGGCAGGCAUCACCAUGGCCCUCCUGACACACCUGUUGGUCUGCACCUUCGGGAUGGGCUCCUGGGUAGCCAUCAACGGGCUCUGGGUAGAGCUGCCCCUAUUGGUGGCAGAGCUGCCUGAGGGCUGGUACCUGCCCUCCUACCUGACAGUGAUCAUCCAGCUGGCCAAUGUCGGCCCCCUCCUAGUCACCCUGCUCCAUCACUUCCGGCCUGGCUGCCUUUCUGAGGUGCCCGUCAUCUUCACCGUGCUGGGUGUGGGCACUGUCGCCUGCAUCCUCUUUGCCUUCCUCUGGAACGUCACCUCUUGGGUGCUGAGUGGCCACCACAGCGUCACCUUCAUGGUCCUCACCUUUUUCCUGGCCCUGGUGGACUGCACCUCUUCCGUUACCUUCCUGCCCUUCAUGAGCCAGCUGCCUACCCACUAUCUCACCACCUACUUUGUGGGUGAAGGACUCAGCGGCCUCCUGCCUGCCCUGGUGGCUCUUGCCCAGGGCUCAGGGCUCACCACCUGCGUCAAUGUCACUGAGACCUCUCACACCACCCCAAGUCCUAAUACCACCUGGAGGACCGACACUCCACAGGGAGAUAACAGCACUCCUGUGUCUGGUCUCAGUGGCAUGGCGCUCUCCACGGGCCGUCUGGAAAGCCACUACCUCCCCGCCAACUUCUCGCCCUUGGUCUUCUUCCUGCUCCUGGCCUUCAUGAUGGCCUGCUGCCUCAUCGCCUUCUUUCUCCUCCAGCAUUACCCCAGGCACUGGAAAACCUCCACAGAAGACCUCCUCACCUCCCAGGUCACCCUCUACGCCAUCCGGCCGCUGAAAGAGGGCCUGGGCCCCCCAGGCCCGGGGGAUAGCAGUAAAGGCCAGGGGCAUCUGGAAGAGAAAAGGGCCCCUCACCACCUGGCCCAGCUGACCUUCAUCUAUGUCCUGGUGGCCUUUGUGAAUGCUCUCACCAACGGCGUGCUGCCCUCUGUGCAGACCUACUCCUGCCUGUCCUACGGGCCUGUCACCUACCACCUGGCCGCCACCCUCAGCUCCAUGGCAAACCCCCUGGCCUGCUUCUUCUCCAUGUUCCUGCCUAACAGAUCUCUGCCAUUCCUGGGGGUCCUCACAGUGCUUGGGACCAGCUUUGGGGCCUACAAUAUGGCCAUGGCCGUGAUGAGCCCCUGCCCCCUCAUGCAGGGCCACUGGACUGGAGAAGUCUCCAUCGUGGUCUCAUGGGUGCUCUUCACUGGCUGUCUGAGCUAUGUCAAGGUGAUGCUGGGAGUGAUCCUGCGCGACCAUAGCCGCAGCGCCCUCUUGUGGUGUGGGGCGACAGUGCAGCUAGGCUCGCUGUUCGGAGCUCUGCUCAUGUUCCCACUGGUCAACGUUUGGCAGCUCUUCUCAUCCGCGGACUUCUGCAGCCUGCAGUGCUCUGCCUAGGCCCACUAGAGGCACCUGGAAACUGGAACCCAGAGAGGCAAGGCAAGGGCCCAAGAUUACAGGGCAAGUGGCGGGGGGUGGGGGGUCUCGGAGGCAGAGCCUGAACCAUCAAUACAAACUCCCCUCGGUAAGGUGGGGAAUGCCACAGGCCUCCCAUGGGACCCGGAAAUGUAAAGCACUGCCCUACCCAACUCUGAAUCACAGUGCCUACAAUUCCACCCUUUCAGAACUUCCUUCCCCUCUUGAGAAAUAACUGACUGAAAGCACUCAGCUGGAGGCAGGCUCAAGGGUGUUAGAAGGGAAAGAGCUGGGAGGGUGAGCUGGCCUUACAAGCUGUGUGACCUCGGGAAAGUCCGUUGAUUUCUCUGUGCCUCUGUUUCCUCAUCCAUAAAAUGGGAUUAUAAUAAACAGCACCUACCUCAGAGGCUUGGCACAGGGAUAAAAGGGAAACACACUGAGCGUGUAGCAAGCCUUCCUGGGGCACUUCCUCAUCUGAUGCCCGACAGUAAUAACAGGAGUACAACACAGCCUAAAGUGACCAGAGGGCUGGAGAGGUGACCCCUGCCCCAUAUUCUUUCCCCACUAUCCUCACAGAGGAGCUUCUAGAAGACAGAUGACUAAUGGGAUCUCAGGUAUGUUGGCUCCCUGAUUCCCAGUAUGGAUGGACAACGUCCCUCACAGACCCCUUUCCAUCUCCCCUCCAGACCCAGGAAGGCCUACUUCUUGGACAGUAAGUGACCUUCUGGGAGGCAGAGAGAGGUGAUGAGGCGAGGGGCUACACCAAGCCUCUGAAAGUGAGUCUCCAUCCAACUCAUCAAGGCUAAAAAGUGGACACUGAGGACCCCAAAAAGCAUUUCUCCCAACUGCAGGGAGGAGUAUGGGGGAAGGGUGUAUUAGCUCUCUGAUUGUUUUUUGGUUUUACUUUUCGUUGGUGUUUUUUUGUUUGUUUGUUUGUUUUAAAAAAGACAUUCCCUGCUUUUACACUAAGAUCAGCCUUCCAUGAAAAAGUCCACAUAAACCUCUAAAAUGUAUCAAUAUCAUCAGUUUUCAGUUGGCUCCAAGGUCAAGACUGAACUCAGAAACAGACAGAAUCAAGUGCUUAGAGAAUGUCUGGACCUGGCGUUUCUUUCCUUUAGUGGUUUGGUUGGUUUGCUUGCUACCACUCCUGCUUUUUAAUUUAUUUUUAAUAGAUAAUAUAGUCAACAUGUUUCAAAAAUCAGAAAAUAUAAAAUGGUGUUCAGCAAAAAAAUGUCAUCCCUCUCCUCUUCCCGGUCUGCCCAGCUCCUCUUACACACACACACAAGAGCACUUUUCUUAAUCCCUUCUCUUCUAGAGAUUAUGCCAAUAUAAACAAAUACAGAGUCUUUUUACAGAAAAAGUAGUAAACUACUGUGUACUUUGCACUUUAACUGAGAAUGAAAAUGGAACGUGUUCUUGUUCUUUGUCAUGACUGCAUAGUAUUCCACUGUAUGGAGGUACGAGAUUCAUUUAUUAAUAAGUAGCCCUUUGCAAAAAGACAUUUGAAGGUGUUGGAAACAAAAAUUAAAAAUAAAAUCACCUGCCAACCCAGAAAACCUCUCCACAAAAGCAAAAAAAAAAGAAAGAAAACAGUUUUAUUAUUGAAUAUGCAUUAAACCAGAUGGUGGUACACAUCCCAGACAAUCUGCUAAAGAGAUUGCAGAGGCAGAAAGAAACCCCAUCCUGCUUUUAUAUACAAGCAGAUACAACCAAUUACAUCCACGUUCUCAAACAGUAGCUAGUCCUCAAGUAGGAGGGCCAGACAGCACCAUCUGUCACAUAGUUUAUCAUUGGGGUGGCUAUCUGUGUUAACUAAUUGUCCUUAUCCACAGGAAAAGAAACUCAUAUCUUUAUGAGAGGAGGUUGUUUUGCAACUUGGAGCCCAGCGCUGAAGUUAGGCUCCCACCCUCCCACAGAGACUGGGCAAUAGAGGUGCUGGGUUACUUGAUGUUUACAUUACGAAGAGAUGGCUCCCAGGUCCCUGAGAAAAACAUUCCUGGGUGGUAAACCUGGCAAGAGGCUUAUUCAGCUUUUUUAAAGAACCGCAUACAUCUGAAAGGAGCAGAAAAAGAAUUUACAACUUUUCUAAAGUAAAUGCUCUAAGUAAAGGGAGAAGGGGUGUCUCCCUUUCUGGCACCAGGGAGAAUAUUUUUUAAAUUUGUAUUUGCCCUUUCAAGGGCAUUUGGGUUGUUUCCAAGCAUUCCCUCCCGGAAAGAAUGUUGGAGUGGAUUGUGAACAAGAAACACUCUCUGUGCUGACACGUGAAGAUGCUCCAAGAAUAAUUACACACAUGGAGAGUAGACGCAGAAGAGCAAGUACAGUAUGGAGCUGGCUACGCUAAUAUAUUCUGACAAGGACCAGGUGAGAGGGCAAGUGACUUGGUGUCUGGAAAAGGCACCUCUAUUUGACAACCCUCUCUGUGGUUUUGCUUUUUUACUCACCACCCUUGGAACUCUCAAUGACGCUGACGGCCUUGAAGUUAACCUGCAUGAGUUAGAACACUUCCAUCCCCUCUUGCAAUGGGGAUGAUAAAAGCACUUCCCUCUCACUUUGUAAGGUCUUCUUAUUUUUCAGUUAACACUGUCUAAUGCUUCAGACAGACGGUCCAUGAGCCUCCAGGUGUGUCCCAGGCCGUAUAAAUGCGAUAGUGAGCUAGCAGGGGUACAGACAGCGAAAUGAUCUAGCCAGAGUCCGCCAGAAAAUGGGCCACAACGUCAGGGCCCAGACUCUGGCUCUGAAUACAGGGUUCUUUCUAAUGAGCUGUUGGCAUAAAUACUGAGACACACUCCAGAAUUAUCCUGAAGGAAGGUGGCCCCAGGAACCUGAAUAUGUAAAAUCAGGCCAAGACUGCUUUGAGGAGAGGCCCACAAAGCCGUCUGAAAGAGAAUUGGUAGGGUUUCCACCAAUACGCUUCCUCGGGGUUGGUCAGCACUAGAAUGACGAAAAAGGGAGUCUCUACCCUGUUCAUCCUCACUAAUGUCCACCACAGUGACCAUCAAUUUAUGGCUCUAAAGCGCCUUCCUGCUGCCGCCCUUCCUGGUUGGCUGGGUGCCAGGGCCUGGGGCCAUUCCUGCGGUUCCCUACUGAGGGCCUCCCCAUGCCUGGGCUCUUCCUGAGACUUUACUGAUUUAAUUCUCCCAGAAGCCCUAAAAGUAUUUCUUGUAUCAUCAAUCCAAUUUUGCAGAUGAAGAAACUGAGGCACAGAGAGGUUAAGUAUCUUGGCUGAGGUCACACAAUCAGUGAGAGGCAGAACCAGGACUUGGACCCAGGCCACCUUGGCUGUGUAUUACAUGAUCUUUCUGUGUCAGAGACACGAACCUCAAACCACGUGAACCAGUCAAGAAAACCUUAGCUUCAGGUGGAGAUAAACACCUCCCCUGGCUCACUGUCUUCUAGUUUGAAAUGCAAAUAUUACAGAUAGAAAUAGAAAACUCCAAUCCACUCCCAUGCCUGACACUCCAUCACCCCCCAGCGCGCACACACACACACA